ACCAAACUUCUUUCAACUCCACUCUUAAAGAUGACCGAACUCAGACGGAAGCUCGUUAUUGUUGGUGAUGGUGCAUGCGGCAAAACCUGUCUCUUGAUUGUCUUUUCCAAAGGAACUUUCCCCGAAUUCUAUGUUCCCACUGUCUUUGAGAAUUAUGUCGCCGACGUCGAAGUUGAUGGCAAACACGUGGAAUUGGCCUUGUGGGAUACUGCCGGUCAAGAGGAUUAUGAUCGUCUUCGUCCUCUUUCAUAUCCUGACUCGCACGUCAUCUUGAUAUGUUUUGCUGUGGACUCGCCUGAUUCACUUGAGAACGUUCAAGAAAAGUGGAUUUCCGAGGUUCUUCACUUCUGCCAGGGUCUUCCCAUUCUCUUGGUUGGUUGCAAAAAGGAUUUGAGAAAUGACCCAGCUACUAUUGAAGAGUUGAGAAAGAACUCCCAAAGACCUGUUGGUCAUGAUGAGGGUGUCAGUGUUGCACAGAGAAUCAGUGCCUACAAGUACCUCGAGUGCUCUGCCAAGACUGGCGAAGGUGUCCGUGAAGUGUUUGAGCAUGCCACCAGAGCUGCUUUGAUGAGCAAGAAGAAGAGAUCCAAGGGUUGCACUGUAUUGUAAAAAAAAUAUAAUAUAGAUGCACAGCUUGAAUUUAUUUUUUUAGUGUUAAUGCCACGGCCAACAAAUAUGCCUUCUUCUUUUUUUUUGCCGUUGGAUUUUUGUACCUUUUCUCUCUCUCUCUUUCUCUCUCUUUAUCUAACUCUAUCUUCUUCUUCUUCUUCUUCUUCUUCUUCUUCUUUUUAUAAUCCCUCUUUAUCUUUCCUCUUCUUUUCCUUCCUCUUUCUGUUUGUGAAUAUAGAAAGGGAAUCUCAAAUCUUUUUUCAUUAUUUCGUCUGCUAAAUAACCCCACAAAUUUCCACAAUCCCCUCUU